GAUUUUGGAGUUUCUUUUUUCAUAGUUUAUUUUCUAUCUUCUACUUUUAUAUCGCAAAGAAAAAAACGCAUACACAAGUGUGGAAACAUGUCCCACAAAUCAGUUUUUAAUGACUAAUAAGUUCUUUUGCUCAUGCUUUUAACAAGUGAAAACGUGUUGAUUGUUCUACAGAUUUACUGCUACUGCAGCUAGCACAUGGUGAUGGGUCCAGGCACGCAUCAAAGCUAGAGACCGUGCCGUCCACGAUCCCCAUCAUCACGCAUCGAUCGACCUGGGACGACUGUCAUCUAUCCAUGGCCUUGAUUCUUGUAGCGUAGAGACUACAUCAUCGUCUGCUACAUAUAGCCCUGAAAUGCACCAAUGCAUGAGCGAUCAGCUCACCUGAAACUGAAACUGACCAUACAUGGCGUCCAAGAACGGCUGCGCCUGCCACUGCGUCCUCGUCAACUUGGCCUCGUGCCUCCUCCUCGCCGCCGCCGCCGUCUCCGUCCUCGCCGCUGGCCGCGUCAGGUCUCCCGCCGCCGUCCAUCACCAUUCCCUCUCGUCGGCGUCACCAUUGUCACGCGCUGCUCAUGCCGCCCGGGAACUCGUGAACCGUCACCAAGUGCAGGUCAGGAGCUUGGAGGCCGGGCUCGCCGAGGCGCGGGCGUCCAUCCGGCGAGCCAGCCGCACGCGCAGCUGCACGCCGGACGCCGGCUCCGGUGCCGGCGGCUUCGUCCCCAGCGGCGCCGUGUACCGCGACGCCUACGCCUUCCACCAGAGUUACACUGAGAUGGAGAAGAGGUUCAAGGUGUGGGCGUACAGGGAGGGCGAGCCGCCGGCCGUGGUGCACAAGGGCGGCGCCGCCGUGACCGGCGCCGACGGCAUCGAGGGCCACCUCAUCGCCGAGCUGGAAGGCGGCGGCGGGCGGCUCCGGGCGCGCCACCCCGGCGAGGCGCACGCCUUCUUCCUCCCCAUCAGCGUGGCCAACAUCGUGAGCUACAUCCACCGCCGCGACAUGAUCGACUACUGGGACCCCCAGCUCCGGCUCGUCGCCGGCUACGUCGACGGCCUCGCCGCCAAGUACCCCUUUUGGAACCGCAGCCGCGGCGCCGAUCACUUCUUCGUCUCCUGCCACGAAUGGGCCCCGAUCCUGUCCGCCGCCAAGCCGGAGCUGCGCGCCAACGCCAUCCGAGUCAUGUGCAACGCCGACAUGUCGGACGGCUUCGACCCCGCCACCGACGUCGCGCUGCCGGUGGUCAGCCGCCGCGAGCCGGCGCCGGCGUCGUCGGAAAGGACGGUGCUCGCGCUCUUCGCCGGCGGCGUCGCGCGCGGCGGCGCAGUGCGGGAGGCGCUGCUCGCGCGGUGGGAGGGGCGGGACGACCGGGUGGUGGUGUACGGGCGGCUACCGGUGGGGCUUGACCACGGCGAGCUCAUGGGCAGGGCGCGGUUCUGCCUGUGCCCGUGCGGCGGGCGCGAGGGGGCGGCGGCGGCGAGCCGCCGCGCCGUGGAGGCCAUCUCCGCCGGGUGCGUGCCGGUGUUCGUCGCCGCCGGUGGCGACAGCUACUCGCCGCCGUUCAGCGACGUGCUCGACUGGCGCCGGUUCUCCGUCGCCGUCCCCGCGGACCGCGUCGGCGACAUCAAGGACAUCCUCGCCGGCAUAUCGGACCACCACUACGCCAUGCUUCACCGCCGCGUGCUGCGCGUCCGGCGCCACUUCCGGCUGAACCGGCCGGCCAAGCGGUUCGACGUGGUCAACAUGGUCAUCCACUCCAUCUGGCUCCGCCGCCUCAACUUGACCCUCCCCUACUAAUUAAAUUAACUCACUGAACAAUGCUUAUAACGCGAAAACACAAUUACUCAAGAAAUUAACAAAAGUUAGGUUCAUGGUCUCAUGGAUGCUGAAAAAAAAAUGUCCACGUUGCUACGAGAAUCGAACUGUUUCAUGUAAAGAUUCUCUCUCCCACAGGAUACCUAGCUUGACGGUGAAAUGUGCCAGGGUGAAGAUGAACACUGUAACCUUCGAGAAUUAUUUCAUGUAAAGACUCUCUCCCCCAAAAGAUAACUAGCCUGACGAUGGUGAAAUGUGUUAGGAUGGAGAUAAACACUAUAAAUUCUCUCUUCCAAAUGAUACCUACCGUGACGACGGUGAAAUGUGUCAGGGUACUAUACCUUUGCAUAUAUAUGUAGUAGCUCAAACGAUUAUAACUGUUAUAUGUGUAUUUUUUUUAAAAGAAAAUAUGCUAUAUAAUAUUGGAUA